UUUGCUGCGCAAUUUGCUGCGUAAUCGUCGCAUCGGCUGCGAUUAUCAAGCGUGAUUAAGGCAUAAUUAGCCGUCGGCAGGCGUAAUUGGAAGCGCUGAAAACGGAGUGAAACUGCCUCUUACGGUGUCUCGCGACGAGCAUCGCCUCGCAAGAUGCGUCGUCACUUUGAUCGUCUCGUCCUUCGCUCUUCAUUUUCCCUCGGAAAUUCAGUCGGCGUGAUCAACGACUGGAGUAUGGGAAAAUAGCGCUCAGGCGCUAUUGAGCGCAUCGCCCGGCACCGAACCAUGAAAUCCGCAGUGCUCGUCGUCGCGCUCGUCGCCGCGCGGCGCGCGUCCGCCGGAUCGCGGGGCGGAUACGGUAAGAGAAAGCGUCUCGUCUCGUCUCGUCUCGUCGAAAAUGACUUCCUCCUUUGGUCGCCAGGUUAUUCGGACGUGACAUUACACGUGCUCGAGUGGAUCACCUACCUGAAGCGCCUGUCGUUAAUCGCGUUAAUGCUGUGCGCCGUCGUUUUAUAUUACGUGCCCAAGUCACGUUCGCAUGCUCGACGAGUGUGUUGCGCUUUGAUCGAUUUCAUCGCAGAUGGGUUGAAGUCUGUUUUAAGCAUAACCGAGAUUAAAUACGAGCACAUAAUGGCAGGAGACCAAGACGAUAAAAAUAAAGAACCAAGAAUACAAAAGCAAUGUGGAAAGUUAUUCAAGGAAAAUGCGAACGGUCGUGGACAGAAAUGCGCAGAUAAAAUAAAUAUUCAUGGCCACAGAUCUAUGAGUACGAGUAAAGAGUCUCGCAGAAAGCAGCAGUGGAGGAAAUCCCGCACGAAGCGGAGCAUCGACGGGGAACACGAACGUCACCGAUUACACAGUCAUCAUCACCGAAAUGCAGCCAUCAAGGACGUAUCGUCGGAAUCCGGUGCAACGAUAACACCAACCGCGGAGAGAUGGCGACAAAUGGAAGCAACAAAAAAAUGUGGAAGAGAUAAUGUAGUAGUCACGCAGGAUAUCAGUCUAAACACGAAAUAUGAUAUGACAAAUAGCUUGAAAGAUGACAUCGAUUUGCGACCAGAAGGAUUCAUUGAAGCUGACUACCCUUUAAAAACUAUUGAAAUUGAAUCUCCUUCGCUUAAAAAAGCGGAUCUAGAAAUUACUAAUGAAGGUAGCGUAAAUAGCAUAGCAAUGCGCAAGAAUAGUGAACAUUCAGAUUGCAGUUUUAUCAAUAAGUGUUCGACCCGAUCACCGAUGACACAAGUUUCAGAUAAUUCGGAAAAAAUUGAUUUCAUUUAUCCUCCGAACAAGAAAUUCCAGAUUGUUUCACGUACAUUAGAAAAGCAAGAGAUGAGUGCGAGCAAUUUUGACAAAACUGAUAAAGACUUGCGGAGAAGACAAAAUGUGAGCGAUACGGAGCACGAGAAAGUUACAAGUACCGUUCAACGUCAAUCAAGAAGGAAUUGCACGUCAAGCAUCCUAAGCAAGCAACUAGCGGAUCCUUAUUAUGGAGAAGCGUUGACAACACGCGAUUCGUACGAGAGACUUCAAAGAGAAAAUCAUCGAUUUCUUCUCAGCAUGAAGAAAAUUGUCGACGAUUGUUCUUACGAGAAUGCGCCGAUUAUAAAAAAUCGGGCGAAACCAGUUCUGUUGCGGGUCUUUAACUGGUUGUUUAGCGGUUGUCCGGAGGCGUCCAGGCGACGUCGCGAGCAGGUCGAGGUGGUUGGAAAGGAAGGAACUGUCGAGUGCACCAACGCAUGGCUCCGAUAAAAGCUGUAUCCGCCGCUGUAAAGGAACAAAGGCUGCCGAUAAACGCGGGAACCGUUUGUACCGGAUUGUGGCUUGAGCUUCGUGAGAUAACUCGAACCGUCGUGCCGACGAACCAUCAACGAGAGUGCAGCAUCUCGCGGCCCACGACAACGGCUAUUUUUACCGACGUACUCUUCUUCCGUUAUCCGUCAUGCGACGGGAGCGAAUUUAUGAAUUCUUUUUUUUAUUAUUUCUCCGAUGCACAGUAAAAUGCCAACAUCUCCGC